AUGUCUACAGGUGAUUCUGUGCUAAAUUCAAGAAAGAAAACGCUGUUACUGGAUCUACGCUCCACCAACAAACUCUGCUCGCUCACUCGCUCCCCUGCAUUCUACUUUGAUGGCCUACGAACGAUCAAAUCAAGAGAGUCAGAGAAUGGUUGGAGCAAUGGCUACUGCUCAGAUCAAGACAUCGAUGUUGCCCUCUUCUCCGCUUGCAUGAUAAGAUGGGCUUUCGAUUCGGUGCAGAAGACCACACGGUACAUAUUGGACGGCAACCCUGGACUCCGCUUCCUUGACACCUCCGUCAUUAUCAUCCAGCGUUUAGCCAAGCAUGGUCUCACUGUCGAGUGCACCUUGACCGGGAAGUCGACGCCUGCUAGUGUCGAGUUCCCACUAGGACAAGUGAAGUAUUUUGGGCCAGUUCCCGCCACUUCCUGUGCCGACGUCACCGAAGAAAUGCGACAGGCGCUCUUUGAUAUCGGGGUGAAACGAAGAAGGCGAAGCAGACAUUCAGAGUCACCAGGAGCUUUUAUCUCGCACAGGGGGUCUUACAUUCGUCACUCCAACUACGAUGUACAUAGGACGUCAGAGUACAGGGAAAUCGUGGAGCCUUUCACAGGCGAGAUCGAGCUUUUCGUGCAAGCAAUACAAUCGGCGGACACGAGUCCUGACAGAGAGCCGAUAUUGGCUCGCGAAUGGGUUAGCAUGAAAAGGAGAGCAGGCAAUACUCGUAGCCUAAUCCAGAAAGACCAUCGCGGGCUCUCUGGUAUCACUUCCAAGGAUAUUGAGAAGCGUAUUCUCAAGAGGAUCCUCACUGUGAAGAGCCAACACCGUAACGAGAGGGAAUUACCGCCAAUUGUAGCCAGAUCGGCUCAAUCGUAUUGGUACAUCUCGAAUGGCGUCGGGGAAGAAGUAGGAGGUACCGCACAGUCAAUAGCAUCUGAUCAAGACUUCAUUCGCUACGGUCUCGUUGUCGACGUGACUUGGCGAAUCGAAAACGAUGGUGAGAUCUUUGAAUUUCAGAAACAGUACGGCGGAUACAUUCCGUACGUGCUAGAUCUUGCGCCUCUGCAGAAGGAUGCAGGAUUGCAAAGAGGAAGGUCAUUGAUGGAUGAUGAGUCCAGCGGGUCUCCCGCAGGAUCUUCAGACUCCGCAGGUGCCAGUCUAAAAUCGUCUCAGCGGUCUGAGCACGAGCGAUUCCAUGCCCCGCACCGAGCUAAACAUUUUCGCGGGAGAGCCUCUGGCGUGGAAGAUGCGUCAUCUUCUACCUCCAGCGCGAGUAUAAGGUCGAAGCCUGUCCGCCUCGUCAACGACAAGCUAUCAUCAUACUGCGAGCCAAGCGUGGUCGCGCUUGAGCCUUCUCAGUUGGCUGGGUCGCUUGCCAGUCUCUCUUCGGACGAUGAAUCAUCGCUAGCCAGCUGUUCUAGACGUAGGGAGAACGGGCGGCGUCAAUGGAUGCGCCCCAUCAAACGCGCGUUGGCAGGAGUAACGAACACGAUGGGCGCACGCAGAGGUGAUUUGGGUGAUGAGCCUAUCGGUCUCGGACAUACUAGAUGGCGUCCAGGGAGAAGAAUUGCGAGGCGUAAUCGUCCUACACGUAACAGUGCCCAUGUCCGGACAGAAGAUAGUUGCGAUCUAGACCUGACGAGCGUUUCCUCUGAUGACUUCUCAAUUGACGGAUCCCCGAACUAUCUCGAUCGGAUCGACACGACAUCUGUCACGGAAUUGAACGCCGCUCAGCGGUAUGAUUCCGAUAGCAGGAACCAAGCUAUCGAAGCAAACAAGAAAAAGUUCGUCGCUGUUAUACGGGCAACUGGAGAACACCUGAGACUAUUGCCACGCGAAGGCAUAGAAGGCAAUGAUGAGAUGUUCGGCGAUUGGACAAGACAGUUGACGAAGCUACGACAGGAUAGAACGACGAUUUUGAAGGAGAUGGAGCGCCUUGGUGUAGGUCGAGGGGAAAUCCAACAAGCUGAGCUAGACGCAAAAAGCCCGGCCCGCAUAAGCCCGGAGAACAGCGACAUUUCGACUUCGCGGUCAUCGUUCUCAACCGAUGCCUCCUCUACACAAACACAUGGAAUCGUGACCCCCUGUACAAGCAUCUCAGCGGAUUCCAUGAGAUCUGCUGGUCGCAGUGGUACGGCUGUAUGGUAG